AUGGCUGAGUCUGCUCCCCCUCUAGUUUUGGUGACUGGUGCCUCAGGGUUUGUGUCUACAUGGCUGAUCAAGGAGCUCCUGGAGAAGGGAGAGUACAGAGUGAGAGGCACUGUUAGGGACAAGAGCAAAGAAGAGAAGGUGCAACCUGUGUUGGACCUAGUUCCUAAUGCAAAGUAUCCUCUGGAGUUGGUUGAAGUUGAUCUUAAUGAUAAAGAUUGCUGGGGACCUGCUGUCAAUGGAUGUUCUUAUGUUUUCCAUGUGGCUUCUCCGUUUCCACCUCCAGGUUCACCACCAAAGGAUGAGAACGAAUGUAUUGUCCCUGCUGUCAAUGGCGUUAUUAAUGUUUUCACUGCUUCUUCAAAGAGUGGAACUGUGAAGCGCGUGGUAUUAACCGGCUCAACAGUGGCAAUAAAAGGUUAUGGAGGCAUCCCAGGACAUCCUAGUGAUUGUGAAUACACUGAAGAGGAUUGGAUGCCUGAAGAAAAUACCGAUCCUUAUGUCAAGAGCAAGAUCAUGGCAGAGCGAGCUGCUUGGGAUUUUAUGAACAAGUUGGAUAACGAACAGAAAUUUGAGUUAGUUGUAGUUAAUCCGUCACUUAUCCAAGGCCCGAUUCUAAGUGCUGCAUCUGGAAUUGGAAGUGCUGCAUUUUCCACAAUGCUGUUGGAACAAAAAAUUCCCAUGUGGAAUAUAUGUGUCGGUGUGAUUGAUGUCCGUGAUGUGGCUACUGCUGAGAUUGCCGCAAUGUUCACACCCUCUGCUGCUGGAAAGCGUUUUAUUCUAGCUUGUGGUACUGUAACAGGCAAAGAAUUUUCGAAGAUUGUAAAGGAUGAGUUUGAGCCACAUGGAUACACUGUGUCAAUGCUUGAAGAGCCAAGUAUUGAAAAGUACACCUUCAACAACAGUCAGUUGAGGAACGAGCUUGGAGUGACCCCUCGACCCAUCAAACAAGCAAUCAUCGAUACCUGCUACAGUAUGAUUGACCUCGGUUUUAUUUCCAAGUCACCAAGUUAUUUUGGUCGUCCCAAAUCACAGGACAAGUGAGACUGAACUUUUGUAGCAGAGGCCUUACCCCUUUUUUAGACUAGUUUGUGGGCCCAUUAUCAACCAAUAUAGAUCUAAAGGUCGUGUUUUUAUAUGAUUGCUUUGUAUUGUCCUUUUCUAUAUCGUG